GCAUCACAACGAUGUGGGGGAAGAGAGAUGUUGCCGCUCGUGGAAAAAGAACAAUGUUGAAGCAACUCUCUCUUUAUCUUAAGCGCAUGCUUCCAGCCUUGGGAUUACAGACACGUUCCCUCUGGAUUUCCUGCCCACUGAAGGAUGCUCUGUUCUGACGGCGAUCCUGCCGUGCGCACAGUAAGGACUACAGGACUUUUCUCACUGUUUCCAGCUACCUGCCACUGAUCCAGCCAGCCAGGGGAGUCUCGUACAGCCCAUGGAGUCCAGACUCGUGUUAGAUGCUCCACUCCACAUUUAUGCUUGGCUGUAGAGAGAGAAAGGCAAAGAGAUUAGAAACACUGGCAGCCGAUCAGCUCCAUGGUUUUCUGACUUUAUCCAGGCGGUGAUUUUUGGCAUCUGAUAAAGAGAUGACCCAGGAACAGUGUCCACAUAGGAACAAUGUCCAGAGCACCGAAAAGCCACAAGUGUAUAAAGUGGGAAUCUAUGGCUGGCGGAAACGUUGCCUUUACUUUUUUGUUCUCCUGCUCAUGAUCCUCAUCUUGGUCAACCUCGCUCUCACCAUCUGGAUCCUCAAAGUUAUGAACUUUACUAUAGACGGCAUGGGUAAUUUGCGCAUCACUGAAAGAGGCCUGAAACUCGAGGGUGAUUCUGAAUUCCUUAAGCCGCUGUAUGCCAAAGAAAUCCAGUCCAGACCAGGAAGUCCAUUGUUCCUGCAAUCUUCUAAAAAUAUUUCAGUCAACAUCGUCAAUGAGAAGCAGAAGUUAGUAUCUCAGCUUGUUGCAGGUUCUCGAGGAGUUUCCACCAUGGGCAAAAUGCUGGAGGUGAAAUCAAGUACAGGAAAGCUGCUGUUCUCUGCAGACGACCAUGAGGUGGUGGUCGGUGCAGACAGAUUACGAGUUUUGGGAGCGGAGGGGGCCGUGUUCAGCAGCUCAGUGGAGACUCCACAUGUGAGGGCCGAGCCUUUCAAAGAGCUACGACUGGAGUCUCCCACACGUUCACUUUACAUGGAAGCACCUAAGGGUGUGAAGAUUGAAGCUGACGCAGGGGAUUUUCAAGUGACCUGCAGGACCGAUUUACGCCUGGAGUCAAAAGAUGGAGAGAUCAGCUUGGAUGCCAGGAAAAUCAAGCUCCUACGCCUGCCUGAGGGAAAGGCCUCAACCUCUGGAAACAGACAGACUGUGUUUGAGGUGUGUGUCUGUCCCAAUGGAAAACUCUUCUUAUCACAAGCAGGAACUGGCUCUACCUGCCAAAUCCGCAACAACGAAUGCACAUAAAUACACACACGCAAACACACACGCACACACAGAGGAUCCGCUUCUCUUGACGAAUCCAACCAGAACUGAAAACGGAUUUUCUCAAGAUUCAUGACAAUACUGAGUGACGUUUGCUCUAUUGAUAACACAACAUUUGAACCCGAAACUUUUAUGGUGAUCACCGGAAUCCAAUUCAACACCAUUCAGAUCCACGUCUCAUUAAUGUGCCGAUUUUCACUCAGAAUCUAUUUUUGCAGCCAUUCAAUAAAGACUGUGGAUGCUUUAUCUUGUGUACUUUACAUAAAUAUUACAUGUCUCUUCUUUCCUGAAGUCUGUACUAUUUGUAACAGCAUUUCACAUUAGACUAUUAUUCAAGUCUGCAAAAUCACUCCAUCCUACAUCUACUGGCAGGCACUUUUAUUCAAAGGGACUCUUUGAAUUCAAGCUAUAGAUUUUUAUCAUUAAGUGCAUUCUCUGGAAUCGAACCCAUGAUAUCACUACCGCUAUCUGACAACUCCUUUCAAUGGGAAACCUUUCAUGACGGUGAUCACCUGUAUUCAAACUGUGCUCUCAUCGGGCUCGAACCCGUGCACCAACUCUGUUCAAAAAUGAGAACAGCGCCUGUGCCUUAAUUCAAUGCACUCGUGGCAAGAAGCACACCCCAUUGACUUUUCUUUCACACAAGGAGACUUAGAUUCAUUUAAGUUACUUGCCUUUUGCUCCCGCAAAUCUACUUUUUUAAUUACAUGAAUAAUGUUGUGACACCCGAUGACCCCGGUUUGCGAAUAGAUUAACUCAGCCGUUAUGUUGCCGAUAAUCGCUUUUCUUUGGAACGGGGGAGAGCAUUAUCUGUGAUUUAGAUUUAAAGUUUGGUUCUCCCAUUUGUUUUGGGUUGGCACAGAAUGAAGAUAAGUUGAGUUCAGGGAAAACAUUUUCUUUGUGUGUGUGCGCGCGCGCGCGUGUUUUUAAGCCUGAUGAAAACUUUUGUGUUCUGUAUGGUGUUGAAAACUAAAAGCCAGUGACACACAAACCAAAAAGUGAUGCUGUCUUUGUGUCAUGGAAAGAUGACGAGGAAUUUGUCGACAUUGUGUGAGACAUGUAAAGUGAGUUUGAUUGUAAUUGAUUUUACCAUCCGUCUAAUCUAAUAGGAAUAAAAGAAUAAAGUUUAAAAUUAAAGUUUUAUUCCUAUGACUUCAAUUUUGAUCACAACCUCUUUUUUUCUUUCUUCACCACCUUUAUCUCAAUAGAUAUGAGUCACGCUGUAUACGUUAGGGUCCAAAAGUAUAUUGUUGCACUUUUUAAGCUUAAUCAAUUUGCAAUUACUAUUAAUUUCAAGUUUUUUACUAGUAAGAAGUUGCAAUAAAUGAUAAAAAAAAUGAAUCAUUUAAGCUAAUUCAACUGUAUUUAUUAUUAUUAUUAUAGCAAUUCCUCACUAGUCAAGAAAGUUUAAAUGAAUUUUCAAUUCUAUUUGACUAAAUGUAAAAGUGCAAAAGGAAUUUUUUGAAGACAUUGAAAAUCUGAUCUGGAAAUCUGGAAAGUUUUACGAUUUGAAUUUAAGUUUCACCACCAUUUUCAAUAUUUUAUUAUGUUGUUACCUCAACUUGAAUGAAUUAAUACAUACCUAUCUUUUUUCAAUGCGUUCAUUGAAUCUUUGUACAGCGCGUUUUGAAUGUGUUAGCAUUUAGCCUAGCCCCAUUCAUUCCUCAGGAUCCAAACAGGGAUGAAUUUAGAAGCCCCCAAACAUUUCAUGUUUUCAAUAUUUAAAGAGUGUUACAUGAGUAGUUACAUGAGUGAUUAUAGUGGCCCAAAAUAAAACGUGGCCAUUUUUAAGCUACCUGUAAGGUGACCAGACGUCCCCGUUUUCCGGGUAGAGUCCCGUUAUUUGGUUUUCUGUCCCCGACUGGAGCUGUCCCCGGAAAUGUCCCCGUUUUACAGCAUGUCCAAAACAACUAGCAAAUACAUUGAAAAACCCCGUUCAACAUGUAGCGUUUGUAGUACCAGACCGGAGCAAUCAUGUUAUAAUUAUUUUCACCAACAGAGGGGGCCGUGAGCUACUGAUUACUUGCGCAUACCACCGAUUUAGCGAUAAGGAAUUUACUACGAGACACGAGAAAGCAAUAUAGUUUUUCUACUAAAAUACAGAAUUUGUGCUUAAAAAAAAAAUCUGCCAACACUUAAUUCAAAAGAACAAAGCUCGAUUUUCUUAGGGGAUUUUGCUUAUCAAGAAAAAGCAUCUUGAUUGAAGAAUUUUUUUGAUAUUUGUACUGAAAACAAGACAAAAAUAUUAUUAAGAAGUAAGUCUUUUUUUUCAGUGAACCCACAACAAUAAAAACUUUCAAAAAAAACUUUUGUCCCAAUUUUUUAUUCAUAGAUAACAACAAAAUAUAUUUUCAUGAUAUUUUGACCAUUUAACUAGGAAAUGUCCCCAGUUUUCAUUUUUAAAAUCUGGUCAACUUUAUUUUUUAAGCAGAUAAAAAAUUUGAAAUAUAUUGUAUGGCGGAAGAGCACUUAGUUUGCAGCACUUUGACCUCGAAAAUAUGGCCGAAAGUUUGAGCGAGAGGGGGAUUACACGUUUUAUUUACUCGUGUGACUACUCAUGUAACAGUCUUUAAAUGGGAAAAACAUGGAAGUGUUUGGUGGCUUCUAAAUUCAUCCCUAUUUGGAGCCAUAGGAUUGAAUGGGGCUCGGCUAAAUGCUAACACAUUCACAACGUGCUGUACAAAGAUUAAAUGCACGCAUUGAAAAAAGAUAUGUAUAUAUUAAUUCAUCUUAGUUGAGGGAAGAACAUAGUAAAGUAUUGAAAAACGGUGGUGUUUUCCUUUCACAAGAUCCAACAAGUGUGAAUGCCCAUCUAAACUCCAUUGUACAAAAGGUCAAAUUCCACACGAAAUGCUUUUUGGAUAACCAAAAAAAUCAAAUGUGAAGCCAAAUAUGAAUAAUUUCAUCUUAAUUUCCCAAUUUAACUCAAAUUGUGUACUCAUCACAAAGUUUCUCUCCCAAAUAUCCUCAAAAGUGGUUUCUUUCGGACCCCACUGUACAGUAUGUUUGCCAAACUAAAGUGAUCCGAGUGACUCAGUGAAGCACUCGUGAAUCAUUUCUCCUGUAUAAUUACAAUAAUUUCACACUCCGAUGGGUAAUAUCCCAUCGAAAGAAGGAAAACUUCCCUUGAUAUAACUAAUGUGAUUCUCACUCUAACUCAUUACCAAUGGCCCACUAAAUUUGAAGCAAUGAGGAAUGACAGCUGUGAUCAUUGCAUUUAAAAGCUAGCGAUUGUUGACAUCCUAUUAACAUACUAAAUGCUGUGGGUAGACAGGGACACUGGGAAAUCUGUAGGGAACGGUGCAGCAUCACAGAAGGGCUUCAUCAUAUUUUUCUCUUUUGAUUUUUCAGGAGAUUUUAACACUUGGUAGCGUGGUGUGUGUGUGAAGUGCUCAAUUAACAUUGUGUAAAACAUCUUGUGCAUGAUUCAAAAAUAUCAGACGCAGUGACGACUUCAUUUUCAUUUAAUGAUGUGAGAUGGCCACAGAGAGCAAAACCAUAUGUAUUAGUUCAUUUUUAUUGUACCUCCCUGUCUUGAACAGAUAGCUCAACUAAAAGCAGGCCUUUCAGAAUGAAGAGUUUUGGUGUUUAAUGUGCCCACUAUUAUUAUUUUGUUUGAUGAACUGAAUUUUUGUGCUAAAUAAACUUUUUCUCUACAGCCAUUUUGAGUGUUCAGAAAAAGAUUUAGCAUUUCAUUUCUUCUCUACAAAGACGUUACUUCUCAAAGAUGUGUAUGUACAAUUUUGGAGCACAAAUGUUUCGUAUAUUUUUUGAUAAUAAAAUACACAUCAGCACAUGUGUAAGUUAGCUUUCAGUGUGUGACAAAUAAACUUGGAUAGAGUCUCAUGUAUACAUUUGUGUAAAUAAAAUGCUCAUUAACAGCUCUAAAUAACUAAAUGCCUUGGGUUUAAACUGAGGCCCAUAUGUUUGGUUUGUCUAGGUUUCUAAAAACGAUGCAGCAUUUUAUUUUGGACUUGCUCAGCCAUAAAUAACUCACAUAUUAAAUGUUUGAUAUAUUUUGUUGAAGACUGGCAACGGAUUGUACAUUUUGUUGUGUAGUUUUUAACUUUUUUUUUUUUUUUUUUUUUUUGAGGUAAUAAUAAUAAUGAAAAUCCUCGCACAUUCUAUGCAAAACAUAUACGGUUGUAGAGAGAAAUUUAUUGAUGCAAAGAAAAAUGUCAGCUGUCUAUAUUAAAUUUAUUAUACUUAAUGUA